GUUUGGAUUUCAAAAGGAAGGGGGGAAAUGCAAACGAAAAACGAGCUCAAAACGUCCAAAACAAGUACUUGCCUUCCACCGUUUUGUUUUCUUUCUUUUUAAAUGUUUUCUUCUCUCUUUUUACUUCCCAAAAUCUUACGUUGAAGAAAUUCUUUUGCCCCUUUUUGUGUUUCCCUUUCAACAAACAGUGAAUAGUCAAAUGGCAAAAACCAAAUAGAUACUAAAUUGGAGGCUUAACCGAGGACUAAUUUUUGUUGGUUUGCUAAAGAUAUCAGAAUCCCAUAUGGCAGCUGAUAAGAUUGAGGGCAAAAGAAGAACAGGUUGAUCAAAGGCUUUCACAUAUGCUGCUUCUCUUGUCCUACUUAAGAAAGCAAGAAAAAAAACUUUAGCAAAUGGAGCAGCCACCUGAAAACCUCCAUGAAAAAAAUGAUCAUGUUCUUGAUAUUCCAAAUGAUUGUCAACAUGGGAAUAAUGUUGUAUCAAGCAGUUCUCAACAACCUGUGAUUCAGCCCACUCCUUCUGGUGGAUCAAGUCAUAGGAGUUUUAUAUCAUCUUUUUGCUUUUGGAUUUACAUUAGACUAGUUUUUAAUAUAAGCCAGAUUGUUGCAUCAGUAGCUGUUCUAGUAGCUUCAAGGAACGAGAAGUCACAAGCUCCAUUGCACAUUUGGAUUGUGGGUUAUGCUGCAGGGUGUGCUGCUACUAUUCCCAUCCUUUUCCAGCAUUGUUUCCUUCCGUAUCCUACGCUUAGCAGAUUAUUUGAGCGCUUUAAAUGGAUGCUAAAAGUUUACUUCUUUAUCUGGUUUGUUGUUGGCAAUGUUUGGCUAUUUGGGGGGUACUCUUCUUCAGGGGCUCCAAAUUUGCGCAGGUUAUGUGUAAUGUUUCUUGUCUUUAGCUAUCUUGAGUUUACCAUGCCCUUCAUCCUGUGUGCUGUUUUAGCAUGCUGCUGUGGGGACCUAGGUCUAAUUAAAGGAGCCACUUCAGAGUGCAUCAAUUCUCUGCCAACAUACACUUUCAAGUUACAGAAAGAUGGUACUGGCAGCAUCAUGAAAACCAAUUCAGAAGUUAGAGGGGUUCAAGUGGCAGGAGCAGAAAAGGACUCUGCUAUUUCAGGGGAUGAUGCAGUUUGUUGCAUUUGUUUGGCAAGUUAUGCAGAUAAUGAUGUGCUGAAGGAGCUCCCUUGCUCUCAUUUCUUCCAUACUAACUGUGUAGAUAAAUGGCUAAAGAUGAAAGCACUCUGUCCGCUUUGCAAAUGCACAAUUUUGUCAAAGAAAUGAGGGAUUGCUUUUUACCAUUGGCUGAGGUUAGCUUAGUUGGUAUUCACCAUUCCACUUACAUUCCUCUCCCGGUAACCUUCUUACUCUGAUCAGCAAUCAGAGAAGGCCGAAAAAUGAGAAGAAAAGAAGAAAUCUUAGCGACAAAGAUUGUACACACCGAGGAUAUUUAUCAUACUUAAAUACAAUCCUGUUGAUAUUAACCUUUUUAUCUUUUUAUUCAUUUUUAUAAAAAUGAGAGUUAAUCUUCCAGCCGGCUGCUUCAUACUUUUUCUGAAGGUGAAUCCGAGGAUGUUCCUAUGAGAAGCUCACACUUCUGUUUUUGUUUGUUUUUUAAUUUAAACUCCUUGGUGCAAUAGCGUGGAAGUUGCAUUUAAUCUUGGAUUAGUUUGUCUUAUCCCUUGUAUCCCUCAAGAAUAAACAGGCUUGAAGAUCAAUUUAAAAAUGGUGUUUAAAGUAGGUUAGAUCUCUAAACAAUGACUAGAGAUUACAUUACUUCAUUUGAGAGUGAUGUUUUUGUUUCUAGUUUGUGUGACUCUCCCCAAAGAAAAGGAGGGAUAAGAAGAAUUUGCAUGCAUGCUUUGAAAGAAUAACAAGGAAGAAAGCAACUUUUGGUAUUUUCUGAAGGCAAAUUUUGACUGGUUUAUGUAAAUCCAAGUAAGGUUUCUUGGUAGAAGUAAUAUCUCAUAUGCACAUUUUCUUGUCACCAAAGUGUAUAGGAAAGAAAGACCUUGUCAAUUUUGAUUGUGCAUUGCAGGUGAAGAACUCUUGAAUCAAAUGCGGAUGUCAUUGGGAAUGGCAAGCUCAAUAAAUUUGUAUUGAAUUACAUCUUUCAUUGGGAUACGGGAUACCUUUUCUCAAGGAAUUCCAUAAAUUAAGUCUUACCCUUGCAUCACAAUUAAUUAAUUUCAGCUUCUUUGUUCCCUACUGAUAUUUUUACAGAUAAAAGAUUAGCAAAACAAUGCAAAGACAGCUUAUGGAGGGAAGAGUAAUCGUAACAGUUAAUAUCAAUAUGAUUGCAGCAGGAAGUUCAGAUUACCGAAACUACCUAACUCUAUAUAUGCCUAAGCAUUUUCCAACCCCAAAAACCAGAAGGAACCUUGAAAAAACAAAAAGGAGUUGCCUAAAAGCAACAAACAAAAACACCCACAAAGAGUAGAAAUCUUUUAGGCCAGAGAUGGGGUUAAACAAAAAGAUGAUGGUGUUUUGCAUUGUAGUGGCAUCAUGGGCCAUGGCAUCAUCAAUGGGGACAAUGCAGGAUGAUGAGAAGGAAUGUGCUGAUCAGCUGGCAAACCUUGCAUCUUGCAUUGCCUUCGUGAGCGGAACUGCAACGAAGCCAACGCUGCAGUGUUGCCAAGAUACACAGAAAGUGAAGGCCACCAAGCCUAAGUGCCUGUGCGUUCUCAUCAAAGAGAGCACUGACCCUUCCAUGGGGCUUCCUGUCAAUACCACUUUGGCUCUUCAAAUGCCAUCUGCUUGCAGCAUUGAUGCCAAAGUGUCUGACUGCCCAACUAUUCUGAACCUGCCACCGGAUUCACCGGACGCAAAGAUCUUUGAAGAAGCUGAUCAAGGUUCUACCACUACUUCAACAGCAAACUCCCCACCAACUUCAUCCUCCUCUUCUUCAUCAGCUGGGACCAGUUCGAGCUCAGUAUCAAAGGCAACCCCAAGCAGCAACAAUGGAGCCAAAGUGAAGGUAUUUCUGGGAGGAAAUUGGCUUGUGUUGAUGGCUUCAAUAGCAUGGAUGUUGAUACGAAGGCUCCAGCUAUUACUAUAACAAAAUGUAUUAUGUAGAGAAGUAACAGUCGACUGUAUGGUUCUGACUAAGCAUGUUUUCUUUCUAAUUCAUAAUAACAGUAAUAGCAGGACUGUCAGACUAUCGUCCUUUGCAUGAAUAUGAGAAGGUUAUGAGGUCGAUUAUUAUUGUAUCGGGUAACAUAAACAGACCUAACUGCGACUUGUUUACA